AUGUUUAUGAUCAAAAAUGGUAUGUACCCUCAAAUCACAGCCCACAAACCCCCUUCCACUUCUCCUCCCCCCUCAUUAAUCAACCCGAAUCCUCCAUUGAUCUGUAUUGCUUUGCUUCCAGUCAGCAAGUAUCUCUUCGGAGACGCGUCCAAAGAGGUCAUCACCGAAAUCCCUCAGGGUCAACUUUACCUCGUCCGCCCUCUCUCGCCCAAAGGCUAUUCCGAACUCAUCUACAAAGACGCCGUCACCACCAUAAGACGAACCGGGCAAGAGUUUCAAUAUCAGCUGGUCGUUCAGCGUGCGUAUGAGGAGGGAGAGGAAGAGCUCGCAGAUGACGAAGACGACGCCACUGAAAGUCUCGAUAAGGACGAGAAAACCUUCCUUCUCGAUCAGAGUCUGCACUUCAGGUCUGAAAAGAGAUCUGGUGGUGAAUCAGUUCUUGCCUGGCGUGAUUUGAGUGGGGAUCCCGGAGACGUUUACGAGUUUGUUUGUGACGCUUCGGUUCAAGAAGAAAAGAUUCACACCUUUAUCCUCGCAGCUAUAGACUGCCAAUUCGAAAGAAAAUACCGCAAGUCUGCACAUAAAGCGACUGAAGCCGAACUUCAGGAAUUCAACUUUCACGACGAGGACUCCAUUCCAGCUGCAAGCUCGAUUUCUGCCCCGAUCGACCCAAUGCCUACCUCUAGGGAAUCAGCCGAGCGGAUGGCGAAAGACGUCAAAUCUCCCAAGAAAGCGAAUGGUUCCCAAGCGAGGGACAUUACGACAGGUCCCACAGAACCACCAGUCGCGAAAACAGCCCCUAGCUCUGGGGAGGUCCUUACAAAGCAAUCUGCGGAACUACAUCUCUUCGAUUUCCAAUCAGGCACAUUCAUUCUUCAGGAUCCAUCUGUGGUGGCGGUCGUCACCGAUUUAGGUAAUUGGCGAUACUGGCUGCAAAUAUCGAGUUCUGAUGGGCGAGAAUGGCUUGGUCAAGAGGUUGUCGCUGAUAUCAACCCCGUCUUCAACUUCGAAUAUCUAUCGGCCAUCUUCAAUCAUUACACCGAUGAUGGAUCAGCCUACUCUUGGUUGCUACGAGUUCGUGACCAAUCGAUCCUGGAACAAUUUCAAGAAGGUAUCAUGCAAGCAUUGUGGGAGCAACUGAAUGAGAUGAAAUGGGCAAAGGUCAAAGAUCAAGACCGCGAAUAUGUAAUCGAAGCAUUCAAUGAUAUGACAUUGGGUGAUGCUCCAGAAGCAGAGGAAGAGUUACUCGAAGAAGAAGAAGAAAACGAGGAAGAGAGUGAGGGCGGUGAACAAUACGAUGAAGACGAAUCGGAGAAUGAUGUUGAGCUGGACAACAGAGACGGCAACGUUAAUUCACAAUUGGCUGUUGGAACUAAACAUGAUCGGUCAUUUGUUGUUCGUGGCUCUAAGAUUGGCGUUUUCAAACAUCUCCCAAACCGCCAUCUCGAAUUCACAACAAAUAUCUCCAAAGUUGAGACUCCAAAGGGACGAUUGUUCCAGCCGACCAAGGUCAUGCUGCAUUCAGAAGAUCAGAACAUGGUUCUUCAGGACAGCGGCAAUCCGAACUCCCUAUAUCGCAUGGACCUGGAAUAUGGUAAAGUUGUGGAUGAGUGGAAGAUCCAUGAUGAUAUCCCAGUGACGAACUUUGCCCCCGAAACCAAAUUUGCCCAGCAGACGUCUGCGCAGCCUUUCAUUGGCCACAGCAGGAACGCCCUCUUCCGGAUCGAUCCUCGCGUUGCUGGCAACAAACUCGUGGAAAGUCAAUUGAAACAGUACGUGUCCAAGAACGACUUCUCUGCUGCAGCGACCACAGAAAAAGGCCACAUCGCGGUUGCAUCAAAUAAAGGUGAUGUCCGUCUCUUUGAUCGCCUCGGGGUCAACGCCAAAACCCACAUUCCCGCCCUGGGUGAAUCUAUUAUCGGCCUCGAUGUCAGCGCCGAUGGUCGAUGGAUUCUUGCAACAUGUCGUACAUACCUUCUCCUCAUUGACGCUCUUCAAAAGGAGGGCAAGAACGAAGGCAAAUUGGGUUUCGAGAGAUCCUUUGCUAAGGACAGCAAGCCUCAGCCUCGUCGUCUUGGCCUGACACCCAGUCACGUGGCUCAAUUCCAGCACGAAACGCGCGCCCCGUUGUCAUUCACCCCCGCCAAAUUCAACACAGGACCAGAUAGCACGGAGACCAGCAUCAUUACUUCAACAGGCCCAUUCCUCGUGACCUGGAGCCUCAAGAAGGUUCUCGCCGGAAGCAAAGACCCUUACCAGAUCAAGCGUUAUAGUGCCCAGGUGAUGGCGGAUAACUUUGAGUUCGGCUCGGAUAAGAAUGUCAUCCUAGCGCUGCCAAAUGAGGUCGACAUGGUCAGCCGGAGGACUUUCAAGAAACCCACGAGAGAAAGUAUUGCAGGGCCAGGGGCCAGAAUUAGUGCAGGGGCAUUGGCGGCGCCGAGACGGAGUGGAAGGCAGAGCCAUUUGAAAGAUGAGAUCGUGAAUAGUCCUUACUGA